AUUCAAAGUUUUUUAAUUUAUUUUUAAGUCGAAACCCCGAAAUCUCUUAACUUAACUUCUUAAGUAAAGACAAAAACGAGCAACAAACAUGUUAAGUCUAGCCCGCACAACUCAAGCCAGUGUUAAGCCACAAGUGGUCGCACUUAUCGGCAAGCAUUCACUAAACCCCAAUAAUCUCAUGACAAAAUCUCGUAGCAUAAGUUCUGUGGUACCCAAUACAAAUUUACCCGAUUUUCCUACAGCCAAUGAACCCAUACUCGAAUAAAAGGGAUCAGCCGAACGUAAGGCACUGGAAGCAGCCCUCAAGAAAACAGCCGCCACCUGUGAAGAUGUACCCAUUGUAAUUGGUGGCGAAGAAAUACGCACCGAUCAGGUGAGACAUCAGGUGAUGCCACACAAUCAUCAACACAAAUUGGCCAAAUUCUAUUAUGCCGAUGCCAAUAUUGUGAAGAAAGCCAUUAAGACCGCUGUCGAAACACAACCCAAAUGGGAUCGUACUCCCUUGAGUGAACGUUUGAAGAUUUGGGAGAAGGCAGCCGAUUUAAUGGCCGGCAAAUAUAGACAGGAAUUAAAUGCAGCUACCAUGUUGGGUCAAUCGAAAACUGUUAUACAGGCAGAAAUUGAUUCAUCCGCUGAAUUAAUCGAUUUUAUUAGAUUAAAUGCUUUCUUCCUGAAAGAAUGUGCUAAAUAUCAACCCAUUAGUGAAAAUAUUAAAGUAACCAAAAACUCUAUGCGUUAUCGUGGUAUCGAUGGCUUUGUAGCCGCUGUUAGUCCUUUCAAUUUCACAGCUAUUGGUGGCAAUUUGGCCUAUACACCAGCUUUGAUGGGUAAUGCUGUUUUAUGGAAACCCUCUGAUACCGCAGUAUUAUCAAAUUGGCGCAUUUUCAAUAUUAUGCGUGAGGCUGGUGUACCCGAUGGUGUUGUUAAUUUUGUACCCGCUGAUGGUCCAGUAUUUGGUGACACCAUUACUGCUUCACCUCACUUGGCUGGUAUUAACUUUACCGGUUCAGUACCCACUUUCAAUCGCUUGUGGAAACAAGUCGGCAGCAAUAUCGAUAAAUACAUUAACUUCCCCCGUUUAAUUGGUGAAUGUGGUGGUAAGAAUUUCCAUUUCGUACAUCCUUCGGCUGAUGUUGAAACUGUUGUAACGGCUACUAUUCGCUCGGCUUUCGAAUUUUGCGGUCAAAAAUGUUCAGCCUGCUCUCGUAUGUAUGUGCCCGAGUCCUUAUGGCCAAAGAUUAAAGAAGGUCUCAUUGCUGAGGCCGCUAAAUUGAAAAUCGACGAUGUCCAAGACUUCUCAACAUUCACAUCAGCCGUUAUUGAUGAUAAAGCAUUUAAACGUAUUACUUCCUAUAUUGAACAUGCCAAAAAGAGUCCUAAUUUAGAAAUUAUUGCCGGUGGCACUUACUCGGAUGCCAAGGGCUAUUUCGUUAAUCCCACAAUUGUACAGACCACAGAUCCCAAGGAUAAGAUAAUGGUUGAGGAAAUCUUCGGACCCGUCUUGACCGUUUAUGUUUAUAAAGAUGCUGAUUUGAAUAAGACUAUGAAUUUGGUGCCCACUUCAACGCAGUUUGCUUUGACUGGUGCUGUAUUCGGAAAGGAUGAAUCAUUCUUGAAACAAGCUUUAGAAGAAUUCAAAAUGGCUGCUGGUAACUUCUACAUUAACGAUAAAUCAACUGGUUCAGUUGUGGGUCAACAACCUUUCGGUGGUGGUCGCAUGUCUGGAACCAAUGACAAAGCUGGUGGUCCCCACUACAUAUUACGUUGGACUUCUCCCCAGGCUAUUAAGGAAACAUUUGUGCCCCUGCGUGAUAUCAACUAUCCUUAUAUGAAAGAAUAAACUAUAUAAUAAAUUAAACUAUUUAAAUUAAAUACAAAAGUAAUCUCAACAAUAAUAAUUGUAACGUUUGUUAUAUACAAAAACAAUAUUUUAAUGUAGAAAAAAAACAAAGAGUUUUGAAAAACAUACAAAAAAACAUAUACCACAUUGAUAUCUUAACUAAAAACACUACAUUUAUAUGUAUGUACUAAAAAUCAUAGUCCUAAAUAUCGAAUAUUUUAUUUAAAUUUUUAAAAAAAUUUAUAAUUUCUUUUUUUGUUUUGUUUUUUUUUUAAUGUUAAAUAAUAAGCAAAGUAUAACAAAUUAUAAUAAAGAAUUAACCAAAACAAUAAGCAAUUAGUCGAAAACCUAAGAAACAUAAUUUAAACAAAAACAAAACAAUUCCCUUUAUAUUAAAAAGCAAAAAGGACUACUUGCCUAUUAAAUGUUUAUAAAUAUAUAAUUUAUAACACAUAUAUUUUAAAGAAAAGUAUUUUGUUAUAAUUAUGUUUAAAAACUGAACAAUUUUAAUUGUUGUAAUUAAAAUUUUGUUUACAAGUUUUUGUUACUUUUUUAACAUUUUUAUUUUUGCUUUUAUUUUUUUGUUACAUUAAUAGAUUUUUGUUUAUUUCAAUGGUAAUUUGUUAUAUAUUAAAAAUUCUUUUUGUUUUUCUUUUAUAAUAAUUAUAAAUCAUAUAUAAACAAAACAAAAUAAAAGUAUAAAAAAAAUAACUUACACGCGAGACAUACAUUUGACAAUACACUUGAUAUAAAUAUGACAUUUUUUUAAAUAGCAGUUAAUUGAUAAUAAAAUAAUAAACAAAAUAAAUAUAAUAUACUUAAACAAAUGUUAUAUCAAUUAAGUUAAUACUAUAAAUGUUAGUUACCUUGAGAAAAAAAGCAAAACAUACAUAUAAAUGUUUAACAUUUGUUUGUUUAAAAUGGAA